AUGGGUUGUAGUAGCAUCGCGUCAGCUGUGUCACUUGCUGCUUUAUCUCUAUCGUCACCCCAUUUUCCCCGAAACCCAUUUUCUUUUUUUCAUUACUUACCAUCUUCCACUUCAUCAACAAAAACACCCAUUUCCCUCCUCACCAGAAAAUUUUCAGCAAUGGAUAAUCCAAAAAGCUCUCCACUCAAAGAAUUUCCAUUAGGAAUAGACGAAGAAACAGAACAACAAUAUGCACUUCACUCUAACCUACUUCAACAAUUCACCGCAAUCUCUUCUAUCGACAAGGCAUGGAUUUUCAAAUCAAACACAGAUUCUUCACAGGGAAUGAUGUUUUCUGUUAGUCAAUCGAAUCUUCUGGCUAACAAGAAACGGAAGUUAAUUCUAUCGUCUACGGUUACUAAACGGAAUGACGGUUCCGUUAAUUUACAGUGGGCUCCGUUUCCGGUUGAGGUGUCUGGAGUUUCCGCUAUGGUUCCGUCACCUUCUGGUUCAAAGCUUUUGAUUGUUCGAAAUCCUGAGAGUGAUGGUCCUUCUCGGUUCGAAAUUUGGAGCAACUCUUAUGUUGAAAGGGAGUUUCAUGUACCUCAAUCCAAACAUGGUUCUGUGUACACUGAUGGAUGGUUUGAGGGAAUCUCUUGGAACUCCGAUGAAACUCUUAUAGCAUAUGUCGCUGAAGAGCCUUCCCCGGCAAAGCCUACAUUCAAUGAUCUGGGCUACAAGAAAAGUGGUUCUGAUGACAAGGAUUCUAGUAGCUGGAAAGGUCAAGGAGACUGGGAAGAGGAUUGGGGAGAAACAUAUGCAGGAAAGAGGCAGCCUGCACUUUUUGUCAUAAACAUUGCUAGUGGAGAGGUACAGGAAGUCAAAGGAAUUGACAAAUCUUUGAGUGUUGGACAAGUUGUAUGGGCUCCAUUAAGUGAAGGCUCUGCUCAAUAUUUGGUUUUUGUUGGUUGGUCAUUUGAGACAAGAAAACUUGGUAUUAAGUACUGCUAUAACAGGCCUUGUUCAAUAUAUGUUGUUAAAGCACCGCACGGAUCAAAAACCAAUGAAAAUGAGAUCCACUCAACUGAAAAUGCUCAGGCGCUUAACCUAACUCAAACCAUAAGUAGUGCUUUCCUUCCACGGUUCAGCCCAGAUGGAAAGUUUCUCGUAUUUUUAUCUGCAAGAAGUUCAGUUGAUUCUGGGGCCCAUUCUGCUACAAAUUCACUUCAUAGAAUUGAUUGGCCCAAGGAUAUAAAAUUCCAUCAAUCUGCAAAAGUUCAUGAUGUUAUACCAGUUGUGCUGUGUGCUGAGGGUGAUGGCUUUCCCGGGCUUUACUUUUCAACUAUCCUUAGUGAUCCAUGGCUUUCUGAUGGCCAUACUUUGGUUAUUCCCUCUGUCUGGCACAGCAGUCAAGUUUUACUGUCUGUCAAUGUGUUAAGUGGAAAAGUAAAGCGAAUCACACCCGCAGACUCAAAUUUCUCGUGGAGUCUCCUUACGUUACAUGGGAACAAUAUUUUUGCUGUUUCUAGCAGUCCAGUAGAUGUUCCACAGGUCAAGUAUGGAACCUUUGUUGAGAAGGAAGCUGGUAAUAAUGAAUGGAGUUGGUCAGAUGUAUCAAAUCCCAUAUAUAAAUUUUCUGAAAAGGUAAGUUCUUUGUUAUCCUCUCUUACGUUCAGUGUGAUGAAGAUCUCAGUCAAGGAUGCUUCUCAGAACCCAACUAAAGGCUCUUGUAAACCCUAUGAAGCUAUAUUUGUGUCAUCAAAAACUAAGAAAACUGACACAUGUGAUCCAUUGAUCGCGGUCCUUCAUGGGGGACCACACACUGUCUCUUUGUCAAGCUUUUCAAAGUCACAGGCUUUUCUUGCUUCAAUUGGAUAUAGCUUGUUGAUUGUCAACUACAGAGGUUCACUGGGAUUUGGCGAGGAAGCCUUACAAUCUCUUCCGGGGAAAAUUGGAUCUCAGGAUGUCAAUGAUGUACUCAAUGCUAUUGAUCAUGUCAUAGACUUGGGACUUGCCAGUCCAUCAAAGAUUGCGGUUCUUGGUGGUUCACAUGGUGGCUUUCUGACAACCCACUUGAUUGGCCAGGCUCCAGAGAAGUUUGUUGCAGCAGCUGCUAGAAAUCCUGUUUGUAACCUUGCGCUGAUGGUUGGUACAACUGAUAUUCCUGAUUGGUGCUUUGUCGAGACCUAUGGAACCAAUGGGAGGGAUAGGAUUACUGAAGCACCUUCAGCCGAGGAUCUGAGUCUAUUUUAUAGCAAGUCUCCUAUUGCACACAUCUCAAAGGUAAAAACACCAACCAUUUUUCUAUUAGGUGCCCAAGAUCUUCGCGUCCCAAUUUCAACUGGACUGCAAUUUGCUCGGGCUUUAAAGGAGAAAGAAGUACCGGUUAAAGUCAUCGUGUUUCCAAACGAUGUUCAUGGAAUUGAAAGACCACAAUCCGACUUUGAAAGCUUCCUUAGCAUUGCUGCGUGGUUCAACAAGUACUGCAAAUGA